AUGAAGCAACUUCUUGGUGUUUUGCGAGGCGUUAAUAAAAACAACCAAAGCUUUGGUGAGACUCAACAGUAUCGAAUUCGAACCACCAUGCCAGAAUCAGCUAAUCAAAGAACCUUAGUGGUUUCGAUAGAAGAGGGCACAUUGUAUCGCAUUGGCAAAGAUGAGGGCAGUGACAUCCGGAUCAACAUUGAAGAUUUGAUUUGUGAUACUCAUUGUGUGAUCGCAUCUGCUUCUGACUCACUUAACAGUGUGCCUAAUGUCUAUCUUACUGACACUAGCACAACCGGUACUUACUUAGAUGCCUGUUUGAUUGGACAGAACAAGACGGUGCUUCUCUAUUCAGGCUGCAUCAUCUCAUUUGCAUCAAUGCAUAUCAAUUUGCAGUACACACAAUACGCAGUCGAUGAUGAGCGGUUCCCAGCAUUAGCAAUGACCUUUCAGCCAGGUUAUUUGUCCUCUCCAAUUCAGCAAGAGAAUACAGGCAGAGAAAUUUCUAUCAGGUCUACAAAAAAGGAUAUCGGAUCCGGCAAUCAAUCCUUUAUCCUGUUAGCUUAUGAUAAAGACAACCCCAAUUGCCAGUUGGCCUGUAAGUAUACCAACUUAAGGGGAUCUUGUCUCAAACCAUGGGUGAUAAGGGCCUAUAAAACCGAGAUCAAGAUACUCAAGAGCAAUAAGCAUCCAAAUGUCCUCUCUUUGGUGGCUCUCCACGAAAAUCAAGAAGAAGUAUUUGCUUUUUCACCUCUAUACUACGGUGGUUCAUUACAGGAACGACUGAACAACAGCGAUCCACGUUUGAACCAGAUGAAUGAAAGAAACGCAACAUUCCUGAUAAAUCAAUUGUUUGCAGGAUUGGAUUAUUUACACGACAAAGAUAUCAUUCAUUGCGACCUCAAGCCCAGCAAUAUCUUGCUUUCGGAUCGAUACACAGAUAGACCCAGGCUCGUCAUUGCAGAUUUCGGACACUCUAUGCAGAAAUCAAACAAACCAAAGACAUGGCCGGAAGAUUGGGGCACUCUAGCAUAUCAUGCUCCCGAGAUGGUCCAGUUGAAGGAGUUUUCCGACAAGGUGGACAGCUGGGCUGCCGGGAUCAUCUUCUAUCAAAUGUUGGUAGGUAAUCAUCCAUUUGAUAGUUGCGAGGCCCGAAGUUUGGAGGAAGCUAUCGUCAUGCAAGAAAUUGAGCUAUCACCUGCUAUAUUCACCAACAUCUCGCCACCCUCCAGACAAAUCAUUGCACAACUCACACAGAAAAACCAACAUCAGCGACCUACAAUCAAGCAAGCAAUGCAAAUUAAGACGCUAUUCAGCUGGUUUGUUGGCGAUGACAAAGUUGCGAAUGAUCACUAUUUGAGAGAGCGGGAGCAGUGGUUUGGUGAGGCAGAGUGGCUGUCCUCACCUCCCAAAUGCACCAAGCAACACACAGUUCAGGAUGACAAUGUGGGCCUGCCUGAAGCUGUGGAGACAAUCAAAAAAUAUAGGAAUCCUUCCGAUUCAAACACUUUUCUGCAUGCGAAACAAACGGGUCUUUCUGCAUAUGGCCACACAUUAGUUAACAGACUUAACAGACAGACUAUCAGAUACUGA